AUGUGGUACCCAAAUAAUCUUUACACAGAAGCGGCUCGAGCGCUUGUCCAAAGAUACAAGGGACUGAAAGAUGCGUCUGUGACUGGCUACAAUACCUGGCGGGCGAGUCUCCGCUACCGGGGGAAGAACAUUAGAAGAAAGAUGAUGAGUGGGGACCCUGAGGUCGACAGGGCGAGGGAACAGGCCCGUCAACAGAAAGAGAGCAAGGCGCUUGAAAGGAGCGAAUCAGAAACACAAAGCACCAGCCAGCCACUGCGAGCAGCCCCACCCACCGCCGGUAGACCUGUAAAAAAGUCAUACUUUGGGGUGCGCGAAGAUGAAAUAUCCGUGAAUGGCCACAUUGCUUUCAUGGUAACGGAAACCAGGAAAACUCUCUGGGACAAUGGAAAAGUUCGAGAUGCAAUGGACAGGACAUUUGAAGCGAGAAGAUGUUGGAUGACAGGUGGAAAAGAAGUGUCUGCAAUAGUUGAACGCUUCCCGGCAUUGAGGAAAUACGAAGAGAUCCUCAACGAAUUCGAGCGGCGGAGUGACAAGAGAGCCUACGAAGGCCUCACGGCAUUUUUACAUCAGAAGUCAGAGAAGAUCCUCAAGCUGCUCAUGGAGAGGAUGAGCACACGGAAAGACUCCACGCGGUUGAUGAAACUUGCGGAGCGGGAAACCGCAGAGGAGAAAGACCACUUUCUAGCCGUUGCAGCGCUCUCUCUUUUCCCGCGGCUUGUUCGGGAGCAGAGCGACUCCUUUCUGAAGAAGCUAGUUCCAGGAGAAAGGUACUCCUAUCCCACGGUUCUGUUCUCGGGAGAGGACGCCUUCACCUCUGCUGCUGUCCGAGUCGAGGCGGAAGAGCUCUGGGUGGACGUCGGCGACGUGAUUCACGGAGUCAGCCUCAUGAUCGCCAUGUACUGGGCGUUUGACAUCCAGUACGCCACGGGGAUCAAGUCGACCUUAGCUCUCUUUGAGCGUGCUAUUGGCGUCAAAGAAACGCCGCUGGGAAUGGUUGGUGUGAAGCUCCUUGGAAGGCUCUAACGCUCUAAAAAAAAAAAAACCGGUCCGUGUGCAUUCCCGCACAACACCUCGGAGGGCCAGUCACCACAAC